AUGUUAGAAGUGUAUCAAUUCUCUCGUAUUCUUCCUCUUCUCUCUCUAGUACUACUUUACAUCUACUAUGUAACGAAACUGUUAUAUACAGCACUCUUAGGCCCAUUGUCAAGAUAUCCGGGCCCUGUUUCAGCCAAGUUUAGCGACAUAGAAUCCUAUUGGCACACAGUGAAACUUAAUCGUCACAUAUGGCUGUGGCAAAUGCACGAGAAAUAUGGACCAAUAGUCCGGAUAGGCCCGAAUAGCGUCGUCAUAUCGUCUGUGGAAGGUUUUCACCGGAUAUACGACGUUAAAGCAAACACCCAAAAAGCCGAGGCUUAUUUGGCGUACGCGAAAACAUGGGGCAUCUAUAACACAUUUACCAAGCUUUCUAAGGAAGAGUAUCAGCCUUAUCGACGUUUCGUUCAGAGUGCGCUAUCUGAACGAAAUGUCAAAGCCGCUGAGCCAGUUGUGAUAGAAAACAUCGACAGGUGGGGCGAUCUGCUAGUGAUUGGCGGAUCUUCUAAGACAUGGAGUAGUCCACGGGAUAUGGUUGGUGAAGCUGAUGCUCUUGUUUUCGACAUCAUCUGUGAUCUUUGCUAUGGCAAGAGCUUUAACGUCAAGGAGCAUCGUGAGAACGAAAUGCGAGAGACAUCUCGCAGUAUUCAGCAGUUCAUGAAGAUCAAUUACAUGAUUGCAAAAUCUCCAUGUGUCAAGCUAUGGAUCUGGCUCAAACCACGAGGACUGGACGCACUGAUGCGAGAGAUUACUCCGGCCUCUAUCAAAAGGUAUUUUCAGACAGUCGAGCGAUUGGUUCUUACUCGACUUGAGGAGGAAGAGCUCAAUGAAAAGAAAGGCAUUGACGUGCGGCGAAAGGAUCUACUACACUUUAUUUUCAAAGCCCGAGACGAAGGAAAAGUCAUCAUGUCGCACGGAGCUCUAGUAGAGGAAGCCGGCAUGUUCAUGAUCGGCGGGACCGACACAACCUCGCACGUAACUGCUGCUCUCUUUUUCUACCUUGCGCACAAUCCACGUGUACUCUGGACUUUGACCCAGGAGAUUCGCUCGACUUUCAUAUCACUCGACGAUAUCAAGGCCGGCCAGGCCUUGAGUCGCUGCAAGUAUCUAGACGCUUGCAUCAACGAAGCACUCCGCAUGAGCUCUUCCGGAAAUGCUGAUCAUUCACGCGAAGUCCUCCCCGGCGGCCUCAAAGUCGGCGAUGCAUUCUUCCCCGCUGGCACAAUUGUUGGUAGUUCGUCGUACGUGCUACAUCACUCUGCGGACCAUUUUAGAGACCCAUUCGUUUUCAGGCCAGAACGGUGGAUCGUAGGGGGAGAUAUCACAGCAGCAGAUGUAGCUCGAGCUGAGACUGCUAAUUUCCCGUUCUCACUAGGCCCAAGGGGCUGCCCGGGGAAGACGCUGGCUUGGGAGGAGCUGCGAUUGAUAUUUGGACGAACACUGUGGAGGCUUGAUCUGGUGUUGGCGCAAGGUGACACGACUGGGAUGGGCAGGGACGAGCUGGGAUGGGGAAGGACGGAUAAGACUCAAUAUCAAGCCGGUGACGCGAUGGUAGGGUACCGAAAGGGGCCGUUUGUACAAUUCAAGGUGAGAGAGUAG